UGAGCAACGCGUCUAAGGAAUAUGAGAUAUUAUCGGUUCGACUCUACAACUUUUUCCAUAUCCUGCCAAUCCCGAAUCCCUCGUCGUCCCAGUUUUAGUUUAGUUUGUUAAGAGAAAGAAAAAAAAAAAUGGGUGGUGGAAAAGAUAAACACGAUGAGCAUGACAAAGGGCUCCUUGGGCAACUUGGACACAUUGUGGGACAGCAAGUAGGUGGACACCAUGGACAACAUGGUGGACAUGGAUAUCCCCAACAGUACCCUCCACCUCCUGGUGCAUACCCUCCUCAGCACGGUUACCCUCCUCAGCAGGGCUACCCUCCUCAGGGCUACCCUCCGCAGGGUUACCCUCCCGCGGGCUACCCACCAGCCCCCGGUGGAUACCCGUCCGCCGGGUAUCCAGGCUCAUCUGGUCAUCAUUCUGGAGGGCAUAGCGGCGGCGGCAUGGGGUCCAUGUUGGCUGGGGGUGCGGCUGCAGCAGCCGCAGCUUAUGGUGCUCACCACCUUACUCACGGCUCCCACGGUUCCCACGGCUCUCACUUUCCACAACCAUAUGGGGGCGCUCAUAUGAUGCAUGGUGGCAAGUUUAAGCAGCACGGACAUGGUGGCAAGUUCAAGCACGGCAAGCAUGGCAAAUUUGGGAAGCAUGGGAAGCACGGCAAGCACGGUGGCAUGUUCGGCGGUGGAAAGUUCAAGAAAUGGAAGUAAUCCAUUCUCCACCUAGGCCAGGGCUCGACCUGAAUAUAUAUAUAGUGAUAUUUGAUGGAUUUAGUUUGCUGAUUCUCAAUUUGCCGAAAUAAUCUUAAUACAUACAAUCACAUUGGCAGUGUUUGAUAUGUAUUUUGUCUUCUAUCUGUUCUAUUUGUUUCAUCUUUGGUUGGUUGUUGACAGACAGUUUACAUAUUACACAACCAUACUCUUUUACCUUCUA